UUUAUUUCAUUUUUUAACCCAUCUUAAGUGGGGCCCAUUAUUUUGACGGUUUGAUCAUGUCUUGUUUUAAGUGCAUGAGCAUGAACUAUAAUGUUCUGCCAGAGUAUAAAAAAAUUCUCUCCUUCGAAGCCGGGAAACGGAAUGCCCCGCCCUUCCAAUCCUCCGUUGCAGCAUGCAGUCAUGCCCAAUAACCUCGUUCAGGCCCUCAUUCUGCCCGCGGUCAGGUACUUCUCUAGAGUUUCUCCACCCCCUCCUGCCUAUGCUGCCCCGGUCAUCCGCGUCUCCAACAACGUUGCCCGCCUGGGCAGCCCCAAAGAAGGCCCGAAGCCCAGGCAACUCCUCUCGCUGCCCCCUUUCCCCGCCAUCGCCAACCCCCUAGUCGGGAGGAAUACGGGCAGCUCUCCCGGGCAAGCUGCCCGUGUGACCGCCAUUAGCUGGGUCAAGCACUACUUCGCUGACAUCCCUGGGUCUGUCAUCCAGAGCCAUUUCAACAAGGGCUUGGUUCAAGUGGAAUGCUCAGAUCUUGAUACUUUGUCUGAGAUAGACGGACCCCACAUUCAAUGCUUAAGAAAGAUUAGCUGUAAUGAGGCAAUGACGGCUGGUAUGAAAAUUUAUGUUCCUGUUUCGGUGGCGGAGACUGGGAUUUCCAAGAGAUAUGACACUAUACCAAGCGCAACUCUGUAUCCAAAUGCUGACGAGAUAGAGUAUUUACAGAGGCUUGUGAUGUACAAGGAUUCUGCUAUAAUGGUGCUAAACAAGCCCCCUAAACUGCCCGUUAAGGGAAAUCUACCUGUUCAUAACAGCAUGGAUGCCUUGGCAGCUGCGGCGUUAUCUUACGGUUAUGAAGAGGGUCCCAAACUGGUGCACAAACUUGAUAGAGAGAGCAGCGGUAUCCUGUUGAUGGGGAGAACAAAAGAGAGCAUUGCUCGGCUCCAUUUGUUGUUCAGCAACAUAAAUAAAGCAAAAACUUCUUUUGAGACUUGGAAUGAUGCUUGUGAAGCAACGACACAGCGGUAUUGGGCAUUGGUCAUAGGCUCUCCCAAAGAAAAACAAGGAGUUAUUUGUGCUCCGCUUUCAAAAGUGCUCCUGGAUGAUGGGCAAGCUGAAAGAAUCAUCUUGGCUCACUCAUCAGGCAUAGACGGUUCUCAAGAAGCUAUAACUGAGUAUCGGGUGUUGGGACCCACAAUCAAUGGAUGCUCGUGGCUUGAGCUGUGUCCACGUACUGGCCGGAAGCAUCAGCUCAGGGUCCAUUGCGCUGAAGCUCUAGGCACGCCAAUCGUCGGUGACUACAAGUAUGGUUGGUUUGUGCACCGCCGAUGGAAGCAGAUGCCACGGGCGGACUACGAACCAGUGACGGGAAAACCAUACAAACUGCGGAGACCGGAAGGCUUGGCUGUUCAAAAGGGGAGUGUACUGUCCAAGGUCCCUCUGUUACAUCUCCAUUGCAGAGAACUGGUCCUCCCAAACAUAGCGAAAUUCCUCCAAAAUCUGGCGCUGCAUGAACAUGAUCGUGGCCAGCUGAAGCCUAAUUCAAAGCCGGAUGUUCUUCGGUUUGUGGCGCCGAUGCCGUCACACAUGAAGAUUAGCUGGAAUCUUAUGUCUUCCUACUUGGUGUGACUAAUAGGUGGCCCAUGAUCUAGGCCAUGGUCUAAGCCAGGCCCAUCCAAGUUGGUGAGAUAGGGAUUUGGGCUGGGCCUUUAUGCCAUCAAAGCCUGGCUGCUGAUGUUAAGUGAGUUGGGCUGGGCUGGGUGUACUUGUUGAGAACUCAGACAGAUGCAAGUCCAUGUCCUGCUCAAUCAGUUGUCUGGUCUAAAACUAAUGGCUGGAUCAAAACCAUGGGCCGCGCGGCACAGACCAAGCUGACUGGGCUAUCUAGCCCAGUUGUUUCCGUAAGUGUAGGAAGAUUUUUAGGUAGGUUGGUUGAGGAUGUUUGGGUCAUGUUGAAAUCAGAAGGGUCCCAACAACAAUGGUUUAGGGCUCGA